AUUCUUGAAUCAACACGACGUUGUUGUGACCGGCUGACAGUAGUUUAAACAUGGCUGGCCAGGAAGACCCAGUGCAGAGGGAGAUACAUCAAGACUGGGCGAAUCGAGAGUAUAUAGAAGUGAUAACCAGCAGUAUUAAAAAAAUCGCCGACUUUCUCAAUUCGUUCGACAUGUCGUGUCGAUCACGUCUGGCUACUCUAAAUGAGAAGCUGACAGCGCUGGAGAGGAGGAUUGAAUACAUUGAAGCAAGAGUGACAAAAGGAGAGACCCUGACCUAAAGUUCCUCAUGGAAAUUCACAGCAUCCUUGUUACCCUUACCCGCCUACUAAUUCCAACUCAUUGGAAAAAUGAGACGGACACCACUCUCCUUUCCUGGGGCCAUGUGGACCAUUUUUAUAUUAAAUAACAGGAUUUUGUGUUGUUUUUAUCCCAUGAUGCAUUUUAUAAGUGAUAUGACUUUGUUUAGAAUUUCUGUGAUUGAGGCAUCACAAAAUUAAAAUCUCAAAUAUUGAUUUAAAAGAAUGGUGUGCAAUUCAAAUAUGGUCCUUAAAAAAGCCUCAUUUUUGACCGCCUAUGUUGUAUACAGUGUCAGUACCACAUCAGAGGUUUAUAAAGUGGAACAUUCUUGUGUGCCAUGUGAAUCAAAUAUUUGUGUCUUCUUUGUUAAUGAACCUACUUGUACAGUGCAUUGUUUGGUGAUGUGUCAUGGAUACUGUAAUAAAUGAUAGCAGUGA